CAUAAAUGCAAGAUUUAUCCGAUAUAAUCAAGAUAUUGCAUAUGGGCCAAUUAUUCUAUAUGAAACAAAAGAAGAUAUAAUGCUUAAUUAUAUUUCUUGUUUUAUUAAUACUACUGAAGUAGGAAAUACUUGUAAAAUAAAUGUGAAGCAACGUUCAAGAGAUAUUCCAGAUUAUUUAUGCACCAUUCAAUUUCUUUCUUCAGGAUCAGUUCGUAAUUUCUUUUCAUACGUUGUUAAUAAUACAAAUGAUAAUGAAUAUGAAAUUAUUUCAUUACCUUUUGGAGGUUAUGUUAAAAUAGACCUGUUAGAUGAUAGUUCAAACAUUACAAGGUUUAACCUUACUCUAUAUAAUGAAACGGGGGGAAUAGACCGAAUAGACCUUAGUAAUAUACAAAUAGAAAGUAACUUUUUUGGAGCACACACAAUGGAUGCUUUAUACAACAAUUCUAUUUUAUUUGCUAAGCCAGAUGAUAAAAGUUCUUGGAGCAUUAUUGGCUACCAUAUGAAAGAGUAUGAGACUGAUACCGAUUCUUUAUAUCAAGAGCAAUUACCAGGUAUUACGGGUAAUCUAUGGAUAGUAAAAACAGAACCAAUACAUCAUUCAGUCACAGGGUAUUUACGUUUGUCUGAAAGUGGAACAAAGUAUUUUAAAAAUUUAACCUCUGAAAGCCAACAAACGUAUAUCAAUAAGUUAAGUGAAAAACUUGUUAAAAGCAUUCCUAUUGAUCCUUCAAGGUUGAAAUUCUCCGGACGCUUUGAAACUGAUUCAAGUGGACAGAUAUUGUUCGAACUUUCUAUAAAUGCACAACAAAAUUCUCAAAUAAUAGAUGAUCUAAACACAAUAGUUGGUAAUAAACGUAUUACUAAUCUAGCAGAUGUUGACAUUGAUAAACACUAUCUAUUUACACCAAGAUCGUUAUCUGAUAAAAACUUUGAUGUUGGAAAUGAUAUGGAAAUAUAUGAUGGCAAAAAUAAAUUUACCAAUGAACCAUCUUUAUAUGAAAGCGAAG